GGAGACAGGAGGAGACAGGAGGAGACAGGAGGAGACAGGAGGAGACAGGAGGAGACAGGAGGAGACAGGAGGAGACAGGAGGAGACAGGUCUUUAUUUAACAGUACGCUGUAUAAAGCCUGUGUUCUGCUGCUGCUUCGUGCGGCUCAUUGUAGAGCUUUAGCUUUAUGAUGCUAAUGCUAACGAUACACGCCCACAACCCGGAAGUCACGUGCUCUCUCCAAAACCACAACAUCCGGUCCUCGGCCUGCGCCACAGACACAUCUCUGCGCCCGGGACAACUGUCCCAGCCCGGACAGAGACACUGAGACAUGGCCCAGAGGACGCGGGAGGAGGACACGGAGCUGUGGAGGACAAAGGAGCGCAGCUUCAGCUCGGAGAGGAGCAGGAGCUCGGGAGGAGGAGGAGCAGGAGCUCGGGAGGAGGAGCACAUGAUGGACCAGGAGCACAGAGGUGCCCAACUUCCACACAAACCUCAAAAGGAACCAAGGCCCCGAACUGUGUCUGAAGAGAAGAACACAGAGGAGCCCAACGGACCUAAUGGAGAAGCGGGCUGCAGCUCAGGUCCACUCACACACUUCCACUCAGACAAUGAGGAGCAGCUCGAGGAGCAGCCAGAGGAGCAGAGGGGGGACUGGCCUUUGCACUGGGACCACCGCACGUCCCCCAGAGUCCGCCCGGGUCCGGGCUCCUCUGAGGCGGGAGGCAAAGAAAAAACGUUCAGGUGCUCAGAGUGUGGGAAAAGAUUUCGCUUUAACUCGGCUUUAAAGAAGCACGUUCUGGUGCACACCGGAGAGAAACCGCACAAAUGCUCCGAGUGCGGGAAAGCUUUCCAGUUCAUCUCCGAUUUAAGGAAGCACAUCCUGAUCCACUCGGGACAGAGACCUUACAGGUGCACAGUUUGUGAUAAAGGUUUUGUGGAUGUGAGUAACUUCAGGAGACACGAGAGGAUUCACACGGGAGAGAAACCUUUCAGCUGUCCAUUCUGUGACAAAGAGUUCACAGACAAAGGCAACGUGAAGAAGCACAUGAGAGUCCACACGGGGGAGAAGCCUUUCAGGUGUCCAGUCUGCGAAAAACAGUUUUCAUUUCUGGCCUCGUAUAAAAGACACGUGAGAAUUCACAAGACGGGAGCCGAGGGGAAAGCAGCAGCACCGAUGGAGGCCUGAGUGUGACCUGUGACCUCUGUGUGACCUCUGUGUGACCUCUGUGUGACCUGAGUGACCUGAGUGUGCAGGAAUGUUGUACUGUGAGGUUAGAUGAGAUCAGAGCCUCCAUGUUUGUCGUCUCUCUUCUGUUCUCACGUUUAUCUUCAAAUAAACACAUUUAGAGAAUCAGACACAUGGAGUUUGUCCCUGUGGUGUUGCCGUAGAAAGUGAUGCUUCUGGGAAAUUGGGAAAUGAUUUAUAAAGUUUUGUAAUGAGGCCCAGAAAUGAUUUAUGCCCAGGGCCCAGACUUGAAGCUACACCUGUGUGUGACCCCAGUGUGACCCCUGAAUGACCCCUGACACAGGUCACAUGGGCCAUUUUGGACAUUUUUGUUUUUUUCUUUUGUUCUGAUUAGAGCUUUAAAGGUUCUGUAUCACACAAACUCUGAGCUUUAAGUCCUGUUCUAAUGCUCUUCAAAAACAGACCUGGAGUUGUGUUUUGUUUCAUUCACACGUGUUUGAGUCACACUUUAUUAUAAAUCUGUCUCAAAAUACUCCACCUGUUCCACCUUGUGAUGUCAUGAAGUGGUAUUUUUCAGAGUAACAGCUCCUUUUACCUUUGGUUCAGUGGAGAUGACAGUUCCAGGACUGAAAUGAUCCAAAUGAUUCUAGUGAAGGUGGAGUUUAAAAACACAGUGGAGCACUUCCUGUAUCACCACAUGAUGACAUCACAAGGUGGAACAGAGUGUUUUCAGUUUGAGAGAAGAACUCAGUCUAAAUCUGCAGGUUUGUGUUAAACUCCAGGUGUGUUUUUGAUGAGGAAACAUUAGAUCAGAAAAUGUGGACUGGACCAAACGUGUGACGUGGUUUUGGUUUGAAUGUCACAGAAUCUCAGUAACUUUGACAUUUUAAUAAAAGAAUAAAAAUAAA